GGGGGCCUUACACUAUCUCUACCUGGCCGCCUUCACCUGGAUGCUGCUGGAGGGUCUGCACCUCUUCCUCACUGCACGCAACCUGACGGUGGUCAACUACUCUGGGCUGAACAGGUUUAUGAAGUGGCUCAUGUUCCCUGUGGGCUAUGGAGUCCCGGCUCUAAUUGUGGCCAUUUCUGCUGCAUCCAGACCUCACCUUUAUGGAACAGCCACCCGCUGCUGGCUCGACACAAAAAAGAUAUUUAUAUGGAGUUUCCUUGGACCAGUUUGUGCCAUCAUCGCUGUCAAUUUAGCAUUGUUUCUGAUGACCUUCUGGAUUUUGCAAAGCAAACUGUCUUCCCUCAACAGUGAUGUGUCCACCCUUGGGAAUACAAGGUAAGUAGGAAAAGAGAGUGACAACCCCACAGGCAGGUGUGGUUCUGAGGACAAAGCCCUGUACCUCGGCAGCC